AUGGGGUUUGGAAAAACAACGUUUGAAAAAACGGCGUUUGGAAAAGCAACGUUUGAAGAAACAGCGUUUGGAGAAACAGCGUCUGUGCAUAAGUCCGGUGCAAAAAAACCGGGGUUUGGAAUACUGGCGUUUGGAAGAACAGCGUUUGGAAGAACAGCACUUGAAAAAACAGCAUUUGGAAGAACAGC